GUAUAUUCUAACCAAAGAAAAGUUUUUGCCGCGAUACGAGGUAAAUGUAGUGUGACUUCUUCGAUGCGACAGUGACAGUUAUUUCGAAGCGAAACAUAGUAUAACGAACAUUAUAAACUGAGUUUUAGAUUUCGAUUAAACUGAAAGUGUUAAUUAUUAUAUUUGUUUUAAGAUUUGUAUUAUUAUGUCGUUUUCAAAAGCUGAAACCCAAAGAUUUAACGAAGUGGAAAAUGAUGUAGUACCUGUACCCGGCGAAUGCGAUCAAAAAGUUCAAACUCUUGAUCAUUUGAUCAGCAAUUAUGCUGAAUUGAUCAUAAAAAUGGAAAAGUUAGUAGAAGAUGAUAGGAAUGAGAUGAGUUUAUUGGCUCAAAAUAUAUCUGAGCUGAAUUCUCGUAUAGUUGAUUUAAGUGACGAACGCGACAAAUUGGAAUUAAAAGUACAAAAAUUAAUGGUAAUAACAGAGGCGGUGGCAAGAGAAACGUUAGCAGCUUACCGUGCAGAGUGUAAUGAAAGGGCGAACGCGAUGAUUAGAGAAGUAAAGACUGCAAUACAGGCAGAGGUAGUACAAGUAAAAAAGGAAGGAGUGGCAUUAAAUGAAAAAUUAUCACAAGACGCUGAAAUACUUCAAUCUUCCAUAACUCUUGAACAGUUAAGGUCGUGUACAAAAAGACAGGAGAGCUUCUUAUUAGAAUUAGCAGAGCAAAAGGAAAAACUAAGUGUCUUAAAGGAUCUAAUUCGAACAUUAGUAACAGAAUUGACCAGGAGUAAGAGGUUUGAAAUUAUAAUGGCUGCAAACCUAGCAUCAUUUUCCACCUCAAUUAAACGUUUAGCCCAACGUAUUUCCGAAGGUGAAAGGUUGGAGCACGAAUUGAAACGCGAUGAAGACUAUAUCAACAAACUUCGUAAUUUAUUAAACAUUGUGCGUAAUAAUAGCACGAAUGAAUGCAUACCCUGAUGGAACAAUUGGACGUCAGGAAGGGGUUGGCCGAUCAAAUCGAGCUGAAAGCAUGAGCGAAUGAUUUCAUAUUUUUUACUAUACAUAUAUAUAAA